UCCGCCAUUCCAUAUCAAACGCACGAGCUCCUCCAUUUCUAAGUUCAAAUCAAGGUAGGAAAUUUGAUCAGAUCGAGAUCAAUGGCUCGCACGAAGCAGACGGCCAGGAAGUCGACGGGAGGGAAGGCGCCACGCAAGCAGCUGGCGACGAAGGCGGCCAGGAAGUCGGCUCCGGCGACCGGAGGAGUUAAGAAGCCGCAUAGAUUCAGGCCGGGGACGGUGGCGCUGAGGGAGAUAAGGAAGUACCAGAAGAGUACGGAGUUGCUGAUAAGGAAGCUGCCGUUUCAGAGGCUGGUGAGGGAGAUUGCUCAGGAUUUCAAGACCGAUCUCCGGUUCCAGAGCAGUGCUGUGGCCGCUCUCCAGGAGGCGUCUGAAGCUUACCUGGUGGGUCUUUUUGAGGACACCAAUCUCUGCGCCAUCCACGCCAAGAGGGUCACCAUCAUGCCCAAGGACAUCCAGCUUGCUCGUCGGAUCCGUGGGGAGAGGGCUUAGAUCCCUCUCUGUCGUUCGUUUUAGGGUUUCUGCUUUCAGAUGCGGAUGUAAAUGCCUUUCUUGCUUUUUGAUGGUUACAAAUGGAAUCAGAAAUGUAUGUGUUUGGCUUU